AUGGCUUCUCAAGCAGCGCUUAACUCUGCUUGCACUGACUGCAGCAACAGUAGCAGCAGCAUCAACAGCAGCAGCAGCAACAACGGCAGCAGCAGCAGCAACAGCAGCAGCAGCAACAGCGGCAGCAACAGCGGCGUGAAGAGGUGUGGGGGCCAUUGGAACUUCAGGGCGGCAAUUAGAGGUCUUCGAUGGGUGUACAACCGGCUGAGCUCUCCCCUGCUGCUGCAGCUGUUGCUGCUGCUGCUGCUGCUGCUGCUGCUGGUGCAGGAGCAGCAGCUGCGGCUCCUUUACCUCCACGGGAGCAGCGCCAUCGACGCCCUCAACUCCUGCGGUGUACAUACACCUCACACUGCGACUCAGAAUCUGUGGGGUUAUUCUCAUCGCUGCGAAGCAGCUGCUGCAGUUCGGAGCGGCAGACAGCCUGCUGCUGCUGCUGCUGCUGCUGCUGCUUCCGGAGCUACAACGAAGAAGAACUGGUCACAGCUGCUGCUGCUGCUCCUGCCCGAUUUGGCUCUGGUGCCUGAAAACCCACUGCACCGGAAGCAGCAGCAGCAGCACGACCAGCAGCAGCCGCAGAAUGAUCAGCAGCAACAACAGCGGCAUCAGCCGCAGCAGCAGCCCCAAAAACUGCAGCAGCAACAGCAGCAGCGCCACUCAGCUACGCUUUUGCCAUAUGAGCAGCAGCAGGAGUGUUUGAGGCUUUGGUGGCUUUCCAUGCUUGCUGCUGCUGCUGCUGCUGCUGCUCUUCUGUCACAGUUGCUGCGCCUUGUCUCCAGCUCUCUGUGGCUGCUCCUUGGUCUUAUCUCCAGGCCUUUCCGUGUAACGCAGCAGCAGCAGCAGCAGCAACAGCAGCAGCAGAAGCAGCUGCAGCAGCAAAUAGAGGACAGCCCCACCGAGCGCUCCAUUUCCGAGAGCAGCAUCGCUCCCUAUUGCUCCCUCAGUGGGAAGCAGCAGCAGCAACAGCAGUCACAGCGGGCUCAGAUGAAGCGGCAGCAGCAGCAAGAGUCCAAGCAGCAGCAGCAGCAGCAGCAACAACAACAAGAGCAGCAGCAGCAACAGGAGCGUAGGGCUCUCCGUCGUCGGCACUUCCGCCGCGAGCUGCUGCUGCGGUCUUCUCCUAUAACUGUGUCUCCUGUGUCUCCUGAGUGCAGCAGCAGCAGCACUCAAAGUCCCUUUUCGGUGGAGCAGCAGCAGCAGCAGCGGCUGGGCAAGCAGCAGCAGACGGAAAGCCAUCCGCAGCACGAACCGCCCCAAGAAAAUCACCCGCAACAUCAGCUGCAGCAGCAGCAGCAGCAGCAGCAGCAGGGCUGCAACGACUGCCAACAAACUGGCAGCUGCUGCUGCCCCAAAUGCCUCGCCCGAAGGCAGGCAGCUGCUGCUGCUGCUCAGGGGACAGAAGCUGUGAUUGGGAAGCUCGUUAAGCGGAAGAGCAGCAGCAACCUGCUGCUGCCAGAGUGCAGCAGCAGCAGCAGCAACUGCAGCAACAGCAGCUUCCCGAGCGGUGGCACUGCUGACACCGCAGCGAGCUGUCCAUCCACUACCUUCGUCCCUUUUGCUGCAGGGCAGUGCUGCUCUUCUGCUGAGGCAGCAGCAGCAACAGCAGCAGCAGCAGCAGUAACACCACCAGCAGCUCCACCCUCAGGGGGCUUCAGAAGAAGGGCCCGUUAUUUUUAUAUUGGAGACUCAAAGGACUCUUCAGACGUCGAAUGGAGCAGCAGCAGCAGCAGCAGGAACAGCAGCAGCAGCAGCAACCGGCAACGGUACAGCGAGAGCAGCAGUGACAAUGACACCAGCAACAGCAGGAUCAGCAGCAACAGCAGCCGCAGCAGCACCAGCAGCAACGGCAGCAACAGCAGCAACAAUAGCCGCAGCAUUUCGCGCUGCAGGACUCCACAGGGUGGCAGCCAGCAGCCUGCAGCAAACACUUCUGCAGGCAGCAGCGCAGCAGCAUCCCAGCAGCAGCAGCAGCAGCGGCAACAGAUGCAGCAGCAGCAGCUGCACCAACAUGACACGAUGGAUUUGUUGCAGCGGCAGCUGCAGCAGCAACGGAAACAGCUUCUGCUGCGGCUGCAGAAGCAAGCUCGGAGGCUGGGAGAGCAGCGGCCCUUCGCGCCGCAGCAGCUGCAGCGAGGGCCGCAGCAGCAACAGCUGCAGCAGCAGCAGCAACAACAAGAGCAGUGGCAGCAGCAACAGCAGCAACAGCAGCAAUUGCUGCUGGAGCAGCAAGAGCAAAAACAAGAGCUAGAGAAGCGGCAGCAGCAGAAGCAGGCAGAGACCGAAGAACAGCAAACGCUGCAGCAGCAGCAAGAACAAAAACAACAGAAACAAGAGCAGCAGCAGCAGCCGCAGCAGCCGCAGCAGCCGCUGCAGCAGCCGCAGCCGCAGCAGCAAAUAGAGCAGCAAAUGUUGCAGGGUGAAGAAGCAGAGAGAAAGCGCGAGACAGAAAGGCUCAAGGCGCUGGUGCUGCAGCACAAAAAGAAGGAGCUCAGCUCCUAA